ACAGACUCGAGGUCUCGUCUGCAGCGAGAGAGAGAGAGACUCUGAGCGACGUGGAGCGACCGGGAGCAGAGGAGAGGAUGAAGCGAACAACUUUCCUGCUGGUGUUUGGAGCAGUGCUGAGCUUCUGCCAGGCUCAGUCGGACUCCGGCGGCGAGGAGGCGGGCGGAGAGGAGGAACACGUGGACCUCUUCACCACGCCAGCGGCUAAACUCGGCGCCGCUGCCUCCGACUUCGGCUACAACCUGUUCAGGGCGCUGGCGAGCCGAGAAGCUGCCGCCAACGUCUUCCUGGCCCCCGUCAGCGUUACCGCGGCAAUGACGCAGCUCGCCAUGGGAGGGUCUGAGCGUGCUCAGAGACAGCUGUUCCGGGCCCUGAGGUACCACACCCUGCAGGACCCCCAGAUCCACAACACCCUCAGAGACCUGUUGGCCUCGGUGCGGGCGCCCGGGAAGGGCCUGAGCACGGCCGCACGCAUCUACCUGUCCAGACGACUUCGUCUGAAUCAGGAGUUCUUAACGCUCGUGGAGCAGCAGUACGGAGUCCGUCCCAAGACUCUUCAGGGAGGAACCAAAGAUAUGAAGGAAAUCAACGACUGGGUGGCUCAGGAGACCGGUGGCAAGGUACAGCGUCUCCUGACCAAGCCCCUCCCUCGAAACACUGGCGUGAACACCGUGAGCGGCGCCUACUUCAAAGGGAAGUGGGUGACUCGGUUCGGCCAGGACGGAGCCAUGGAGAACUUCCAAGUUGAUGGUGGGGCACCUGUCCGCGUUCCCAUGAUGCAGCAGGAUAACUACCCCGUAAAGAUGGGUGCUGACUCAGAUUUGAGCUGCACGAUCGCUCAGAUUCAAAUGCAAGACGACGUCAGCAUGUUCGUCUUCCUGCCCGAUGACGUGACCUCCAACAUGACGCUGCUGGAGGAGAGUCUGACUGCCGAGUUCGUCCAGGACCUCUCCAUGACCCUCCUACCUGCCCAGGUGUUCCUCUCUCUGCCCGUCCUGAGGCUCAGCUACUCCACGGACCUGCAGCCGCUGCUCGCAGAUCUCGGCCUCUCUGAUUGGCUAGCGGACCCCGACCUGGAGAAUAUCUCGGCUCAGCCCGCCAAGCUCGGCAGCGUCAAUCACAAGGUCGUCAUGGAGACGGCGCCGGAGGGGAGCCAGUACCCGAGCGCUGCCGCCUCACCGGCUCACCUGUCCUACCGAGUGGACCGGCCGUUCCUCUACCUGAUACGGGACGAGGCCUCGGGGGCACUGCUCUUCAUCGGCAGGGUGGUCAACCCCAAGGACCUGGCGAUAUAACACACACACACACACACACACACACACACACUAAGACACACACACACACUAAGACACACAC